ACAACACAACGUUGCAUUGUUUUUUUUGGUUUCCAAAACAAGAAAUGCAGCUCUUGCAUGACUACUGAAUGACUCUUUCACGCCCACAACAAAACCAUGACGACCGUCCACGCAGCAAGAUGCUUUUGUCCAGCCGAGCGAAUCCUCCCAAACCAUUAAAGGUCGAAGGGGCCAGUCGUUACCUGUCCAUCAAGUCUUUUCUACCCGAAACACCUAUCCCAUCACCGUCACUGCCGUCUAUACUUCCCCGCCACGGCAAGAAGCCGCCCAAACUCAACUCUCGCAAAAUCGUGCGUUUAUUAAUCUACCUAUCCAUCCUCAUUGGUAUCUACUGUCUGUUUGCACCUAGCAAACAAAAGAUCCGAGACCUCGCGGAUCUCACCUUCCUCACGUCCCUGGGAAAGACGUACGAGAUCAUCGAAGCUGCCGAACUCCCUGAGCAUCCUACUCCGCUCGCUCUGACCGACCACGAUGGCAAACAUCACUGGACGAUAUGGAUCCCACAGAGGCUGACGUUCCCUCUCCCUGCCACAGACUAUGCAGACAUCUGCUCGCAGGUUGAGGAUGUUGCUCGACACGUUGCCGGUCUGCCACAAUCCGAAGAUGACAUCGGCAGCUACUACGACGCCGAUCCACAUUACAUUGAUGUGGUCGAGGCCCAGGCCCGACAUUUCCUGCCCGAACAGAUUGUCUCGAGCCCGUUGCCCGGCGAACAUCGAAUGCCGGUCUGCGAAAAGACGCUGACAUAUGUCCUCGAUGCGACAGACGCAGGGCUCGGAUCGGCACUCUUGGGGAUGUGGGUAUCGUACAGUCUGGCUGGGCGAGAAGGACGGGAAUUUUUCAUAGACGACACGCACUUUCCUUACGGCAGGUACAGCACCUUCUUCGCCGAGAAGCCGACGCCAAAAUGUCGCCCUCCGCCGACCAACCAACGAGUACCGUGUCCUCAUCAGGCGAAGCACCUGGUGAUAUCCGCCGCGACGACGGCGUGGACGUUUGGCGAUGCUUUCCACAACCAUUACUCGGACAGAGAGAUCUACGAGAUGGCGAGGGAAGGGUACGAUGCGCUGUUCAAGCUCAACGCGGACGACGAGGAGUACGUGUCCAGUCGUGCACGGCAGCUCCGACGGGGCGAAAAGGGGGACGAAGAGAACGGCUUGGUCGGGCUCCAGAUACGCCGGGGGGAUUGUCACCCGUUCGAGUUUGCCUACCAGCAAGGCUAUCUGCCUCCCGAACGGUACAUGGCCAGCGCGAGGAAGCUGGUCGGCCAGGCCCUGGACCGAUGGAAGCUCAUCCUGGCGAGUGACGACGCCGACAUGUUUGACCACGUCGAAUUGACGGGCGCCAUCAGGGCGCAGACUCGCAUCUCCUUGGCGAGCAAGCGACAACUCGGGAGUGGGGGACUGGGUUGGGAGGGGGGUUUCUUCAAGGACGUCUUUUGGGGACUCGGUCUCCCCGAGCACGUCAAGGAACAGAAACGAGUCGGCAGCCCGAGACCCACCAAGGCGCGGCCGGGAGAUGACAAGUCGGUCAGUGCAGGUGACAACAAGAAGAUCACAAAACACCACGCGACAGGUGGUGACGACCGGAGAGAUUACAAGACGAACCCGACACAGGAGGCCCUGCAACUGAGGGAGUUGUUGGGCCGGGCGUACCUGCUCGACCUGGCCGUGCUGGCGAGGAGUGACAAGGUGAUUUGUGGGGUGUCGAGCAACGCGUGCCGCGUCCUCGCCGUCAUGAUGGGGUGGGGGAGGGCUUUUGACGAGCAAGAUUGGAACAAUGUCGACGGGAAUCAUGGAUGGAGAUUCCUUGACUACUAGAAAUUGAAAUUGAAAGUUCACAUGGAACGAAAGAAAAUGG